UUUUCCAAAAUUUAAUUAUUAAAUAUAAUUUUAUUUCCAAAAACACACAAAAAUAUGUCAUAAAAAUUGUUUUUUAAAAAACAGUUUUCAAAAAUUGUUUUAUAAGACUUGCGUGGACUGAAGUUUUUAUUUAUUUACUGAAAAUUAAAAAAAAAAUUAAAUUGUAAUUGAAUUAAUCUUUACAAAUUUAUAAAUUUAUAGUGGACCCAAAGUAGGAUUUUAUGCUUUUUUUUUAUUUCUAUUUUAUUUUUUUACAAAGAAAAUUAAUUAAAUAAAAAAAACAAAAAACAAAAGUCACCAUCAGUUGAUGUAUUUAUCUCAUGUUUCUUUAAUUAAGAAUAAAUAAAUAAAUAAGAGAUUAAAUGUAAAAAAUAAUUACAGUAAUAAAGUUUACGAGCUCCUUUUAAACAGGCUAGGGUUCUAAGGUUCUUACAUGUCUAAAGUUGUGUUUUUGCAGACAAUGAACAUGGAAUCGGAGACCCUAGAAACCCUAGGGCCGUCCGAGUUCUCAUUCGCUAUCACGAAGGUAGCAGUGGCUCAGAUCUGUCAAUCUGCAGGCUUCAGAACCGCCCAAUCCUCCGCCCUCGAAACAAUUACUAGAAUCACCACACUCUAUCUCCAAACCCUCGCCAAAUCCGCCUCCUCACGGGCCGCCUCCUCCGGUCGCACGCAAUCCAAUAUCUACGACGUCGUCCACGCCCUCGAACACCUCUCCUCCGACCAAGGCUUCGCCGGCGCCUCCAACCCCAACGGCUGCCUCCUCGCAUCGAGCCCUCUUCUUGACCUCAUCAAAUUCGUCUACUCCCGCUGCGAAAUCCCAUUCGCCAAGCCCCUCCCCCGCCGCUCCAACCUCUCCCAAAAUCUACCGUUGCCGCAAAACCCAUCGAAUUCAAAACAGAGCCCCCACAUUCCGACAUGGCUGCCUGGUUUCCCCGAUCCGAGCACGUACAUAGAGCCCAAAACCGAGAUUCCUAGUGGGUUAAACUGGAAUGCAGAAGUGGAGGAGAGGAAACACAGCGGAAACGAGAAGGAGAAAAAAUCGAGGUUGGGCAACAUGGAAUUGCCGAAAAAGCGGGAGAGGGUGACAUUCAGAAUGGGAGAAGCAGCAGAAGCUAAGGGUCCGAGGUUAGGGUUUAGGGUCGGAAUGAAGAAUGGGGUUUGCAGAGGAGGGAAGAGAGUUUCUUGGCAAAAUCACAAUCUCCAAAAUUCCAAAUUCAAAAGACCAAGAUAAAGAUGCCCUUCCCAAAACGACGUCGUCGGAGUGGGCUUGGAGCUUCGAAUAUAACAAAUCCUCUGGGAGUGAAAGAGACGAUGCAACGUUGGUAUAUCUGGUUGGCAACUUGGCAAAGCGCUUGGGAAAAAAAAACGGCGGCCGAGGUUCGAUUCACGACAGCCGCUAUCUUUUUCGCAUUAAUUCCAUGAUUUAAGAUAUUUCGAAUAUAAUAAAAACAACUAAAAAAUCUAAGCUUUUAUUUAUUAAUAAUAAUAAAAAAAAUUUGUGAAAAUUAUUUAAACAUAAUGAAUUUAAAACAAAAAAAAAAAAAUUUUGAAAUCCAUUUUUUUUUUUUAAUUUCCAUUUAUUUCCCACCCAACUUAGCCUUGAAAAACCAAAUAAAAUAUCCCAUCAUAUGGAAUGAUGGCACUACCAAUCAUGUUUGUAUCCUUUGUUCUUACCUUGUACCACGAUUUAGAUCUCUUCAUAUAUAUUCAAUGAUUUCGUUGUACAAUGAUGAUUUAGAUCUCUUCAUAUAUAUAUUCAAUGAUUCGAAUAUAUUAAUUUUGUUGGUCGUAGUAUGGAAUCGUAAAAUAAUAUGCUUAAUAUGAUAAUGGAUUGCACCACAAUCAUGACAUUGUAUCUAUAAAUGCAUGGCAAUGAGGCUCGAGCAUUGAGCUCAUUAGCGUUGCUUUUUGAAAGAGAACAAGAAUGGAAAGAAUGCGAAAAAUUUUGAGCUGCCUGCAUGAUGGGCGGCAGGUUUAUGAAGAGAAGCAAAAACAAGUUCCAUUUUCUAAAUUUGUUUGCAAACAAGCAAUUUCAUAUUUCUGAAUGCAGUUAUAAUGACAUGACACGAUAUAUAUGUUGUUUGUAUUACUCUCUAAAAUAACUUGUCUUUGGUUCAGAUUUUAACUGGGAGUCGCUUACUUUUGUUCUUCUACUACAAACGCUAGGGCAUUUCUCCGGACACCAAGAUCAGCAGAUGGAGCGCCGCUCACUUCCCGCAGUUGAAGCCAUGGCAGACAGAGAGGACUAUGAUGAGGAUCAAGGCUACCAGAAUCCCCAACACAAUGAGUUUGAUCUUCAUGUUCUGCAGCCACAUUUUCCGCCGGAUUUUGGUUCCAGCACUCCGAAAAUCUUGUGCCUGUAUCAAAAUUAACUUCAUUACAAAUCUGAUGGAUGAGCAUGAUAGUAUACUGUAUACCUUUGGAUGCUAGUAAAGGCAUAUUUGUUACCAAUCUUUUUAUCAGAAUAUCAUUAUCAUUUCCCUGUUGU